AUGAUAAGAGUGAUCCUUUUUUUUCCUUUAGACAUGGCCGCAACCGGCUGUUGUCAACAUGGGCGGAGCCUCGGGACAGGUAUAAAGAUGGCCUCUCCUCCAGCAGCACUGGCAACAAGACCAAGCUCCUCCUCAAUCUCGUUUUCACCACUGUGUGGUUGAAAAAAAAAACAAGAAAACGCACUCUCAAUCUUAAAACAUCUUUCUUGUGGACUCGCUGCUACGAUCUCUUUCUCCAAUCAACCCUCUGUGAGAUCAGCGAAACAACAUCUGCUGUCCAACUGUCCCGCUAUAAGCCGCGCUCGACGGUCCAACCAGCCACGCUUCAAUAUCUCAUUGGCGAAAUGGUUCCAUGGAAUGCAGGUGCAAGCAUCGCUCAGGAUAUAUGGGAAGGGAAUGUACUCGUAGCCGAGAUGCCCAGGGUUCAUGACGCACUGUCAGCCAAGCAUGUUCUGGAGCAAUUCAUUGUGGAAGCUGGCGGCACAACAAACACCACCGACGUGAUUAUCGGGUAUCAUCCUGGGAAAGAACAGUGGAUGCUCUUCGGGCGCCUGAGGUGGCCAGAGUAUAUGAUACGGGUUCCGGACGACGUGGAGGAUCAGAUGCCGGGAUCGUUGAUGCGCCAGGAGCAUCGGGACUUCCUUCCCAGAUCAUUCGGGAUCGACGUCUUGGACAUUAAGGAUACUGUUCGACUAUUCGACCCUGGUGCCAACAAGCAGAGAUACCAUGCUGCAAUUGCAGAAUUGGAGCCAACGUCUGUGUCGCACGUCAUGCUGUACAGGAGGAUUCCUUAUCUGCUUAAAAAGGAUGGCAAGAUAGUACGGCACGACUACAACAGCUACAAAGCAACGCUUCACCUUGACAUUGGAGGGUUGAGCAAGGUGUUAGAUCGGCUGAAAAGCGAAGAAGACGAAGUUGACUAGGACUCGACUAAGUAGGAGCGGUGGACGGCUGACAGCGGC